AGGGUGAAAAUUGAAUCUAAAUGUGAUUGUUUUGUAAGCGGCUGACAAUCAGCUGUCAAAUCAAUCCGGUUCGUGUGAAGGCGUGAGAUAUUUUCCCAUGAAACUAGGAAAAUUAGGAAAAAUCGGCGUCGGUUGGACAGUGAUAACAGCAGCUGGGAUAUACGCAUUCGUAAUCUCAAAGCGUUCAAUUGAUAAGCGUCGUCAUGAGAGUAUGAAAGUACGAGAGCGUAUGAAGAAAGCAAAUUUUGGAGAAUACCCAGCGAGUUCCCGGAAAUUUGACUGAAUAAGGAUACACGCAAGGAAGCACAA